AUGAAGUUCGUUCAGCUUGUUGGCGCUGCUGGCCUGGCCGGCGCGGUGGCUCUCCCUGCCGCCGCUCCCGACCUGGACCCGGACAUGCUCAACGCACUCUUCGCCGCGCCCACGCCCGCCACGCUGGGCCCGGAGCCGGAUGCGUACAGCUCGACUGCGCCGGCCUUCAACCCCACCACGGUUGCUGCUGUUGUGCAGGCCACCGUCACCGACGACGACACGGCUAGCGCGACUGCCACCGCGACUGCCACGGCGGCUGCCACCGACUCGACGGUUGCCAAGCGCGACCUCACGGCGGCCGAGGCCAAGUGCGCCGAGAACGGCUGGGAUUGCUGCCCUCUGCCCACGGGCACCCUGGAUCUGCCGUCGCCCAACACGGCCGACGCCUUCACCUCGUUCUCGACCUACUCGGACCUGGCCACGGGCGCCACCGCCCCGAGCGGCUACACGCAGGCCUUCAGCAACCAGGACGGCGCCGUCCAGCAGGUUGGCUACCGCGGCGUCUACACGCUCGACUCGUACAGCCCGAGCGACUGCGCCGCCUACUGCGACGCCGACUCCUCGUGCCAGGCCUUCAACAUCUACAUCGAGCGCGACCCCUCGAUCCGCCCUGACUACGACGUCUGCACCAACCCCGACGCCACGGCCAACGUCAAGUGCACCCUCUACGGCUACCCCGUCGCCGCCGAGACGGCCACCAACACGGGCCAGUACCAGGGCGACUUCCAGGUCGUCGUUGCCGCGUCCAACGGCUACAACAAGCCCUACACCGCCCCGACUCUGGACAACUUCAACGCUCCUGUUGGUCCUCUGGGCGGUGCUAUCGAGGACAGCAACUACUACCUGUACGAGCUGUACAACGACGGGCCCUUCAGCCCGGCCGCGUGUGCCGCCGGCUGCCAGGCCAACACUGCCUACAACAAGGCGCACCCCAACUCGGACGGCACGUACAACGCGUGCAACAUCUUCAACGCCUACAUCCUGUACCGCGACAACAACCCCGUCGGCACCGUCUGCUCCUACUUCACCAAGGACAUCUCGGACCCGGCCGCCGAGGCCACCAACGUGGGCCAGUACCAGGGCGACGUGCACGUCACCAUCGGCGAGUCCUACACCUACACCCUGACCACCCAGGACAACGGCGGCGUCGUCGCCGAGGCCGGCACCGGCUGCUCCAACCCCAACGUCUGCGGCACCUACGUGACCUACUACGACCCCAACGGCUUCGACGACCAGGCCCUCUGCGGCUACGACCCGGAGGGCAACUCGGUCUGCGUGCGCAACGGCCUGUGCGGCACCACCACCUGCUCCACCAACGCCGAGUGCGGUGACGGCAAGCUGUGCCUGGCCCAGAGCUGCUGCGGCCAGAACAUCUGCAUCGACGCCUCGACCUACUGCCCCAACGCCGUCCAGGCCACCAAGCGCGCUCUCGAGAACGCUGCUGGCAUGAAGAUGCGCGGCGGCCCCUCCUCCAGGCGUCGCAGCAGCAGCAGCGAUUCCUGCACCGCGCUCAGCUGCCCCAGCGGUGCCGACUCCAGCUCCUAG